AAAGAUGCGGAAAAGAAGAAAAAGAAAAAUAUGAAAAAGAAGAAAAAGAAAGAUAUAAAAAAGAAAAAAAAGAAAGAUAUGAAAAAGAAGAAAAAGAAAGAUACAAAAAAGAAGAAAAAGAAAGAUGCGGAAAAGAAGAAAAAAACAAAAGAAAAUAA